AUGCUAGUGGAUUAUACGCGUCCCCCAGAAUUACCUCAGAAUAGGACUGAGAAAGAUAUCGAUGCAUUUCUUACACUGAACAUCCCAAACCUUCGUCUACGCUCCAUUAAAUUUUAUGCUUCAAAAAGGUCAUAUUCAUUAAUACCAUAUUCAUUAGAUGAUUUAGCAACAAUGGAAUCAUUUAAAUGGUCAGAUAAAAUUAGUAACUCUUCAAUUAAAAUCAUGUUACCGAAAUUUGGAAAUGAUUUAUGCUCAAAAUGUGGUCACGCUCAUUUGAAGGAUGCCUUAUGUAACCCAACCCCAUAUUGUCCAAAUUGUUAUGGUAAUCAUCCUCCAAACAGUAACGACUGCCCAAAAAAACUAGAAUAUAUGAAAGCAAUUAGAGAACAAAUAAAAAACAAUCCAAUUGAAACCUCAGCAAAAUUAAUAAACCAUCAACAGCGAUCAUAUGCAGAGGUAACAUCUUCCACAUCCUAUGAAAGUAAUACUCGGGUAUAUUUUGAGAAAGCAGUUGAAGCUGUCCAAAUGAAAUUUGUACACACUGUAAAUAAAACAUUAAAACCGAUCGCUACCACCUUAAAAAGCAUCCAGGAUGACGUGAAAUCAUUGAAUGAUAUUAGUACUCAAUUAUACUCCAAGCAUCAAAUAUUAGAAAAUGAAAUCACUAAAAUAAAUAACCGUUUAUCAAAUUUACAAACACAUCUACCAUCGAUUCUUCAAACAAUACUUAAUGGUGUUGUUCCCCCAACUUCAACGCUACAUACACAGCUCCAGUCAAACAUUGACAAAGCAUGUGCACUCAUAUUUAAACCCAUUUUAACAAACAAAAAACGUUCCUCUAAUUCACAUUCAACAACAGUUCGGAAAAAAUCAUCGUCAAUAAGAACAAUUACAUCGACUAAUAAUAAUGAUAGUUAUACUUGUGAUUCUGAAAAUGCAACUUUAUCAAUUAAUGAUAAAUAA